AGUGUGUAGAUAGUUUUUUUUAUUUGCAAAAAAGUUUAAUGAAAUGAACUUAGUUAAAUUUCUUCGCCGCCAUUGAUUCUUAAUUUAUAUUGUAAUAAUUAUUAUGAUUACUGUAUGAAAAGGUAAUUAAAAUGAAUAAGAAAAAAACAAUUAAACAUUUUGUAGAUAAAUGUGAAAAUGCGAAUAACAAUAUAUAUAUAUAAAUCCAAGAAAAUGUGUUUUCUUCGUGCUGCAUGAUGCAUACGCUCUGUGUCGUUUUGCCCGCCUUCAGGCGGAAUUUCCAUGUCUGUCCGAGGGAAUUCCUCAGACAGUGCGUCGGAUUGUUGGUGGGAUGUUUUGACGUGGUGCGCCGAGGAAUUCGGUUGACGUUUGAUGUUGUGCUUCUCACCUGCUUGUUUUUCCAUUUCCCCGUGAAAAGUCCCCUUGGCGAGUGCGAAAAGUCACCUUCCGGAGGCGCCCAAUGAGCGACAAGGACGAGGUGGACCGCGUGGCGGCCGAGAAGGGCGCGCCGGAGAAUGGGGGCGUCGUCGCACCUGACGUUAUCACCAGCAGCGCCCGGGGCGUGGAGACGAGCCCCGAGGCGAGGGACAGCGCCCCGCGGGCAGCCACCAAGAGUCACUGGGUGAAGUUCGACGAUCCCGAGGAGGCGGACAAGGCGACGGAGGACGCGCAGUCUCCUCAUCCGCUGGCGCCGCCGCGCCCGGCCGCCGUGCUGACCACGGAGACGGUGCACGUGAACGUGAGCACGAGUUCGUCGCCCACGCGAUCUUCUGGGCCCGCGGAGAGGAACCACCAGGCGGGCAAGCUGCCCUCUGUGGCGGUGAUUGACGUGCCGUCUUCGCGCACGGCCGACGCGGCCGGCAUGCGGACAAUCGAGCUGUCCACGGGCAGAAUCCGAGAGGGCUUCGCGAACGGCGACAUCAUCGUGACGCUGCUGCCGGUGAACACCAAGUGGCCGUGGGUGACGCCGGCGCUCUUCCGGCCGGAGCUCGUGCCGGAGGAGCUGAUGGCGCAGGGUCUGACGCUCACGGUGGAGGAAUACGUGCACGCCAUGGAGACGCUGGUGAACGACUACCGCUUCACGCUGUACAACAUCUGCUACAAGCGCGUGCUCGUGUGCUGGAUCCUCUUCGCCUUCGCCGUGCUGCUGGGCCUGCUCUUCUCCGGCCUCACGGGCAUCACGCUGUUCGUGCUGGGCGUGGCGUGGCUCUUCCUCAACGCCGCCGCGAUCUUCUUGUGCAUGUGGAUCAAGUUGCGGCUGUCGCGCGGCCUGGAGAAGUGUCUGGCGCUGGUGAACAAGCAACUGCUGCGCCACAAGAUCCUCCUGGCGCUGGACGAUCGCGGCAAGAUCUCCUGCCACAAGGUGAACCUGUGCUUCCUCUACUUCGACUCCAGCCAGUGCAUCAGCUACCUCAACGACUUCAUCGCGCGCCACGAGCAGAGCGGCAACGCCGUGCCGCCUGGCUGGGAGUCGCGCAUGGAUCUGGGCGCGGCCGACAUCGUCAUCCAGGGCAGCACGACGACGAGGGUGUCUAGGAAGCAGACUGUGGGCGAGGAGCUGUUCCUGCGGUAUCUGCAGCGCUGGGGCAAGGACUUCCUGCGCCGCCGCCUGGACUGGAUACUGGAGGAGAACGGGCUGAACGGCAGCCCGCGGCACCUGCAAGUGGCCAUCUGUCCGUGCCAGUACGCCGAGGAGAUCGUCCUGAACAAGCCGCGCCGCGAUCCGCGCCAGUGCUGCGCCUGCAUCACCAACUGGUUCACGUCGCGCGGCAUCAAUUGCUGCUGAUGCAACGAAUCUCCGUCUGUCCCCUCGACGCUUGUCCUCUGCUGGUGACGGUUUCCUAACUUGCUAAUCACUCUCGUCGUGGAGUCUCUCCACUUCUCACCUCAUUGUUAAACACACUCUCGCAAUUUCUUGUUUGUUUUGUAAAUUGUUGUUUUGUGUGUCGCUGCUUUGUACACCUUUUGUUAUCGCUCUAUUUUUUCCGUCUUUCUUUCUCUGGCUGGAUUUUGUGGACAGAAUGGGAAGAGAUUUGUUGGGCGGGAAAAUUCGUGAAUGAGGAAUUAUGGAGGGCAAUUGCCAUGUAAUUGAGCCUAUGAUAAUUGAUUCUCUAGCCUUUUGCGCUCUUUCACUGUCUGGCGAAUCACUUAGCAGAUUCUGUGAGGUGUGAAAUUGGCAAUUUAGUUGUAAAAUUCAGUAAAACUGCUCCAAUUUGGGCUUUUUGGCUAGCCGAAUUACGGUUUGUGUUUCGGCUAGCCGAAAAGCCAUUACAUUUGAAUCUUUUGACCACCAGAAAAUCCAUGAAAACUCAAUUUUCCGCACAAAGUAUGAAAUUAGGGAUAAAUAAAAUCAUUUCCUUUUUAGUAUCAAUAUAAAUGAGGAAAGUCAGAACGAGUUGUUCGAAAUUAAAUUGUUUAUGCAUUCUUUCAUAUUUUUCCCGGAAAAUUGAGUUUUCAUGGAUUUUCUGGCAUUUUUAGCGCAAAUUUUACACUGCGUUUAUUCAAUUUAGUAACUGUCAGACUGUGGCAAGAGGUGGUAAAAUGUGGUAAUUGCGCCCUAACCUCAACUAGCCCGACACUUCCGACUCUGUUGCGCGCGUGGCGCGCGUGCGUGAGUGUGAGAGCGUGUGUGAUUGGGUGGUGUGAGGCUUCUAACCGUCUUCGUGGUGUUGCAGGAGAGAGCCACGCUGCUCUACCUGCGCUACGCCUCGCGGUGGGGCAAUGAGGCGACGCGGGGCAUCAUUGACGUGUCCGUGGUGGAGCCGGCGAGACACUCUGCCACCAC